AGCACUCAGCUGUGAAGGAAUGCCAUUCUUCACCUGCUCCAUAUUUAUUGAGCUGCGCGCUUAAUCAUCAACCAAAACCAAGAAGGUCUGAAUUUUCAUGUGAACUCCGUGUGGUGACUCUGUCACUGAAUGGCUCAUGAGUGCUGAGUCAGACACAUAAUUCACCAUGCAUGCCUAUUAUUACAUUCACAUUUAAUGAUGAAUUACGUGCAGCAGGUAAAACAUCAAAGAUCACCUCAAAAAUAAAAUUGUGCAUAUUUUACAGAAACAUUGACUCCUACACUCAACAAAGUAAUUUUGUGACCACAGAAGAUGGAACCUUAAUCCGAGUGAAGAGCAAGGAAGAAACACGUACCCCCAACUUUGCAUGCUUCCAUUGAAUUGAAAAUUAGCAAUCCUAUUCCAUCUGCAACUCGACCGACCGCAACCGCAGUUUAAAACUCUGACCUAGUAGUGGUGUUUGAUUAGAGGGACCAGUGAUUAAAAUGAGUGACAUAUUUUCUGGGUUGUUGUAUUUGUUAGUGAGCAAUCCCACCAUUGAAAAUUUCUCAUGGAUCCCAGGAAAAACCAUGGCCUCAUCUCCAACCUUCCUCUGCUUCACAAUCCUCUCUUACCUUCUCUCCAUUUUCAUUCUCACCAAAAUCACAUCUCCACCAUCCAUUCCCAAAUCCAUCCUCAAACCCAUCUCAGCCCUCCACAACACCUCACUCCUCCUCCUCUCCUUCAUCAUGGCCCUUGGCUGCCUUCUCUCUGCCAUCUCCCGUGCACCUCACCUCCAAUGGAUCAUAUGCUUCCCGCCCGGAACGAAGCCGGUCGGGCCGCUCUUCUUCUGGGCUUAUGUCUUCUACCUCUCCAAGAUCCUUGAAUUUGUGGACACGCUACUCAUCAUCCUCAGCGGCUCCUCCUUUCGACGCCUCACGUUCCUCCACUUGUAUCACCAUGCAACAGUCUUGGUCAUGUGCUACAUCUGGCUGCAGACGUCGCAAACUAUGUUUCCGGCGGUGCUCAUCACCAACGCCUCCGUGCAUGUUCUAAUGUACGCAUACUACUUAUCAUGCGCGUUGGGGGCACGUCCCAGGUGGAAGAAACUCGUGACGAACUGCCAAAUUAUGCAGUUCUACUCGAGUUUCUUGGUUGUUAGUGUGAUGUUGUACUUCCACUUCACCAGUGAUUAUGGUUGCUCUGGGGUUUGGGGUUGGGCCUUUAAUGUCGUCUUCUACACCUCUCUUCUCCUCUUAUUCCUCGACUUUCACAGGAAGAAUUACGGUGCAUCUUCUAAUAAAACGAUUUAUUUCAAUUAAUCCUGAUUCCAUGCCUUUUUAAUCUAAUUAAUCUCAUUUUCACAAGUAACAUUUGAACAAUUUUUUUCCCUUUUUUUUUUUUCAAGUUGCAUGGCGCUACAAAGUGCAUGUUUGAAAAAUCACGGUG